UCUUGGUCUGAUUUCAGACUCCUUCCAUAUGUUCUUUGAUUGCACGGCACUGCUAGCCGGUCUGACAGCUGCUGUAAUAUCUAAAUGGAGGGCCACACCCACAUUUUCAUAUGGGUAUGUCCGAGCUGAAAUUCUUGCAGGUUUCAUCAACGCACUAUUUUUACUCUUUAUCGCUUUCUUCAUCUUCUCUGAGGCAUUUGAGAGAUUUUUGGAGCCUCCCGAGGUGCGACACGAGAGACUGUUUAUUGUUUCAGUUCUCGGAUUGCUUGUAAAUUUAGUUGGUAUCUUUGCAUUCCAACAUGGCCACGGACAUUCCCAUGGUGGUAAGUCUUAUUCAGCCAAUGGUAGCGUAGGGCAUGGUCACGGACACAGUCACGGACACUGUCACGCACACAGUCUCGGGAUGGGAUAUAAAGAUGAUGGGGAACACCAGCACACCCAGCAGGAUCACAGAAGGAAAUCAUGCAGG